ACUAAAUUAAAGGCAUUUAGAUUUUUUAGUGUAUUAAAUAUCGGUGGAUCUUAUGUUAAAGUGUGGAAACGCUUGUCAUGUAUGAUAAUCUCUGAGUUUUGGAGGAAGAAACAGGACAGAACUUUUUAUGUAUUUGCAUGGCAGCAGUUCCCCCUGUGGCCGGCCGGCGGCGCUGUUUCCACAGUUGGCGAACUGCCUGUAUUUGGUUGAAGGACUAUGUUGUAAAAAUCUUUCAAACUGUUAAUUUUCGGAGUUUUCGCGACUCCUCCGCAGGAGUGCUCGGUGGGUUCGGGGCCGGCGUGACCGCCUCUUCCCGGGGACAGGCGGACCGUCCCGCCUCGGACAGUGUGGCGCGGGUGCUUAGCGGUUUUCUGAUCUCUGGAGGUUUUUGCUGUUAGCUCCGCAGCUAAUCCUAAAAGUCGCAUCAGCUGUGCGGAUUAAAAGUUUCCCCACAAAGCCGGGCCCAGGAGGAGGCUCUGCUGGGCACAUUUAGGGAACUUCAUCGCGGCUGUUUCUGCGUAUUUUUCGCGGUUUUACGCAGUCGUAAAAAAUAACAUUAGCGGCGCAGCAAGUGAAGCCAGCUGUGGGUCAUAAAUGUCGCCGUGGCCCGCAGUCACACGCGGAUAAUAAGGUUUUCGUAAGGAGAUGCGGUAAAGAGAGGCGAGCUUCGCUGUUCAGCCCGCUGACUCGGCGGCUCUGGGUUUGCUGCUAGCGAGGCCUGCAGGUCGGGCUUCCACCGGGCUCGAGUAGAGCCCGUAGCCGCCGUCAAGCGGUUGAAGGCCGGCAGACGGCGCAGUCGGGCCUGUGGACCAAAGUAUGGAACGGAUGGAAGUGGACCAGUGCGCAGGCGCAGGAGGCGGGGCACUUCGCAGGUCGAACAGCGCCCCCAUGAUCACGAGUGUCAGCGACGGGAUGACGGUCUUCGGUCCCGUGUCCUCGGCUCGGUACAGACGCAGCAGCAUCUCCAUCAACCCCAGCUGUCCCUCGCAGCUCGUCCCUCUGUCUCCUUUCUCUCUGACCGGAUACAGACUCGACCACAAGAGGCAGGAGGAGAACACGGAGAUGACGCUCAGAGGGACUCUGCAGAGACUCGGUCCUUCCAGUCUGGUCCCAGUUCCUCCAGGCAGCCAAUGGCACAACCACACAUCAGUGUGGUUUCCGUCACACGACAGCGGCGUCACGCCCAACUCAUCCCCAAGUCCUACCAGGAGGUUCAGACCUGCGGUCAGCACCACGGUGAGGUGGCCGGCGUUGACUCCGCUGAAGAGGAAAGGGGGGGUGGAGUCAGAUGGACCCCCAAAGAAGCUCUUUGUUGCUGGGGUGACAGACCCCACCCACCACAGCAGCUACACAGUUAGCGUCUCACAGUCAGCGGCAGACUCUCCUCCUGUGGGAGGGUCCAUUCCUCAGUCCCACCCCCUGUCUCUCUCGCCCCCACCCGCCUUCACUCCCUUCACCUCCCACCAGCACCCUGGACACUAAAGACCAGCUCACCUCCAGUCCCGACCCGUCACAGUGGGCACAGACCGCCCGUCAGCAGCUGGAGGAACUUCAACCUUCAUCACAUCGUAGAUCUGUUCCAGUCAUCCACCAGUGUCCCUGUAAGCCCCGCCUCUGUAGAUUUCCAGCUGUCCCCAUUGGCUGAUUGAAGAUUCAUCUCCACAAUCAUGUCACUUUGUGGCUCCACCCCACUGCCAUCAAACAGUGCCGAGAGGACUCGACAUCAGUGUCAUCGUGACAUCAUGAAGUAAACUCGGGAAACUUUGUAGGACUGAAGACACGCUGGUUGUGUAAUCGGGCUGAACGAGCGCAGCUUGGAGUGAAGGGGUUUGUGGGUAAUCCUUACGUGAACAUGGAGCAGAAAUUGGGACUGAAGAAGAAAGAGGAAAAACCAGAGGAUGUCCCAUUCUUUGGCUUCCUUUCUUUAAAAACGCGUUGAAGACGGAUCUCGGCUCGUGGAAGGACGAAACCUGGAGGCUCCUGUCCAAACGGACCAAUCAGCUGAUGCUGUUCAUGUUCACGUUCCUGUUUCUCUGUAGUUUAUUGUUGAGAUAGUUCAAAUGAGGUCCUGAGUUGUAUUCAGGACUUAAACGCAGACCGCUGUCCGGACGGUCUUCGGAGGCACUUCAGGAACAUUUGAUUUCCUCUUCAAUCGACGGGAUCGGAAUCAAACUUGGAAACUUCAGCAGAACUUUUGUUUCCUGAAGUUGCUUUUGUACAAUCUCAGAAAUCUUUCUGUAAGGAAGACAUAGAAAUGAUGAGGUUUAUUUAGAGGAAUUCAUGAGUGUUCAUGAUCAUCUGGACUCACAGCCCUUCAUCGAAUCAAGGAUCAUUCCCGAUCCCAAAACCACAUGAAGGUGGGCUGAAGCUCUGCCUCUGAACAACACUUCAGCCUUCGAAGGCUUUUUGUGUUUUAAUGAAAACUUCCAGUUAUGGGUGAGACUGAAUCCUUCUGGUUUUGUCAGAUCUCAGUUGGAGGCCGUUUUUAAGCCGGUCUCCAGUAAGAGGAAAGAGGUGGUUUCUUGUUAAUAGUGUAUCUAUAUGUGAAUACUUUGAGCAGCUGGUGUGCGCUGACCUUCCUUCGGCCUGCAGAAAGAAGCCGUGCUCUUCCUCCUCUGAGAUACAUUUAUGAUUGAACUCGUUCAACCCACUAAAGUUAUUUUGCUUGAGCCUGCUCUGAUUUAUCAGCCACACCUGACCUACAGAGAGUUUAGAGUGUUGAGUGCUUCCUGAGGCCGUUUGACGGGGGAAGCUAGACUGCAGGUACAGGCCCCCAUAAAGAGAGGGGCCGGUCAGUUCUUCAGCGUUAGCAGCAUUUAGUUACAUGAAAGCUCACUGACACCAAAGCAACAGUUACCAACAUCAGUUGACUUGAUGUGGUUUUGGAUGUAUGUGCCGUGUGGUGUUACCAUGAAGUAUUAUCCUCGUGGUGCAGCAGCCGUAACGCCGGCCUGCAGUGUAAACAGUUGUAUUUGCUGCUGAAGGCUCGCCGUGCUGAAGGCUCCAUAAGGUUCAAAGUUCACGCGACAUGUCAGUGAGCAGGUUUGUGCUGUAAGAAUAUUACAGCAAUAAAUAAAGGUGGUAUGGUAUUCCUGCUGGAAGCACCAGUUCACCGGUCUGGAUAUAAUGAUGUUCCUGUGAUGAUGUGAGCACAAAUCUGAGGUCAGGGGUCAGAGGUCGGAGGCGGUGCUUUAUGUGGACGAGCUGCAGUUCUGCUUCCAGCGUUUGCACAGUGUUGUACAGUUUCCUACGAUCACUCAUCGUGCCUGAACAUGUCUUCAUUUGGGAGGAGCGGCGGUCGGGUCAAAGGUCAGGCCUGAGGUUCAGUGAGACAUGUUUGUAAAUAGUCUCUAUAAGCUCUUUGAUGAAGUGUCUUUAUUCCCAGUUAAAGAGAAAGACCCUCUGAGCGUUGGUCGCCAUCGGCGACGCAGACACAAAAGCUUUGUAGUUUUUUUUAGAGGCAGAUUAUAUUUUGCCGUCACCACUUUGCACAGUUUGACCAUUUUAUCGUCCUUUCAUUCAGAGACUGAUGACAUAACCUCGUGGAAGGAUGCUGUCCAGUUCUGCUGCUUUUUCUGUUCUUGCUUUAUUGUCACGACUCUGAGUCUGUCCUGUUCCAGACGCUCUCACAUGGCGGCUCGGGGUUCGUGAGCAGGCCCACACCAAAGUCUUCACCUGCUGAAAUGUCUAAAACAGGGGUGGGCACCUCCAGGCCUCGAGGGCCCCUGUCCCUGCAGGUUUUAGAUGUGUCCUUGAAG